AUGGAACGAAGGAAAGAGGAGCAAGGGGGAGCGGGCACAGCGGAAGAAGAGGAAAGGGGCCCAAGAGGAAGGAAGGGGCAGGGGAAGGGAAGGAGGGGACAAAGGAGAGGGAAAGGGACAGAGAGAGCGGGAAGAGAGAAAGGAGAGGGGGCACGCAAGAGAGAAGAACAAGAGGCAAGAGGGGAAAGAAAGAGCGGAGCACGGCGCCGGGGGACGGGACAGGCAACACGGCAAACGGGCGGAGAAGAAAGCAGAGGGAAGCGCGAGAAGGGGGAGGCACAGGCAGACGGGAGAACACACGAAACCCGGAGGAGGAAGAGGAACGGGGAAGAGGAAACGGGGGAGGCGGAGGAGAGAGAGAGAGAGAGCAAAGAAGGAAGGGCGGGAGGGAAAGGAGAGAG